CCAUAGGCCACGUCAAAAUGAUAGUGUUGGAAAAUUAGGAAAACAAUAACAAUGUUUGAUUUCAUGAUUGUUAAACAGUAUUUGAGUUCGAAAUUAAAUAUGAGUAUACAUAUUUCAUACUCAUUUAUUUCAGAUUUAAAUGGAAGCAUUUUAAAGGCAUAACCAUGAAUCUUCAGGCCAAAAUUUGAGCUGCCUUGUCCUCAUAAAGCCUCUGUCUAAUUCAAGGGUCAACAAAAUCAUUCUCUGGAUCUUAUAUACUGUCUGGAAAUAUCUUCGUCAUCACCAACCUCAGUCAAAUUAAACGGUCACAAAAUCACACAGUGGAUUUGAUUAAUCUGUUCCAGAAAUAGCCUUACAUCAUUCUUUAUAGCAGACAGGAAUUUUCAAACUUCUGGAAUAUUCAUGGGACAAGUCAUCAGAAGACUUCAGGAGGUAGGAUUGAGGCCACAGGAUUUUCUUGGGUUACCCAUCACAGACUUUCCAAGAUGGGAAGAUCGUCAGAUUACCCCAAGGGGAAGUUCCAGCUCUAGUACACGCUUUCCUGAUCUGGCGGAGUUACCCCCUGAAAUAGGACUCGAGGUGCUCUCCCAUCUGGACGCUACAGAUCUUUGUCUGGCCUCGUGUGUCUGGUCGCAUUUGGCCAAUGAUGAAUUUUUGUGGCAAAGCCUGUGCAGAAGUUGCUGGGGAAAUGUCAGCAUCUACAAGAAUGGAAAACCUGGAGCCUUUUCCUACAAACAACUUUUUAUGUGGCUGGAUGAAGCAUCCUUGACCUUCAACACAGACCCUUUUGCUGGAAUUAAUUAUUUGACAUCCAAGAACAUCAUCGAGGAUAAACCUUUAGACAUCGCCAGAUUUCUCCACACUACCAAGAGAUUGUGGCCAAUUAAGAAACUAGAAUUUCUACAACAGAGGCCUGAUGUUCUGGAACGACUUGUGCAGCUCCAGAACUUUCAGAACCAGUUCCUUCCCAACGCACUCCGCAAAUUCUUUAAAGAGGUCUCAGCCCCUCAAGAGAGAGGGGACAUUCUGACGAUCAUGAUUGAAAACUUUUCCCAGCGGUUUUGUGCCUGUAAUCCUAAGCUUGGCUUGAGUAAAGAUGCUGUCUUUGUGUUGUGUUUCUCCCUCAUCAUGUUGUCUGUGGACCUAUGCAGCCCUCACGUCAAGAACAAAAUGUCCAAGAGAGAGUUCAUCAAAAACACUUGCCGCGCAGUCUCGGAGCUUAGCAGGGACCUCGCAGGCCACAUGUAUGAUAAUAUUUACUUAGCGGGCCAUGUGGCCCCAAAAGAUUUCUGUUGAUGGCCUUUGAAUAAUUUGUGAUGGCCUUUGAAUACACUAUGUGAUGACCUUAACUUAUUAACAGAUCAGGCCCAUUCAGGUGUCCAGGAAAUUUUGUAGUCAGUUUUAUUUUUAAUCUAGUUCCUUUAUAGCUUAAGUAUCUUAACCAGCAUUUUGUACGCCUCUUCCUUGAUUAGGGCUUUAUAAUUCAACCAUUUUACUAGGUUAACAUUUUUUCAAACAUAGAAAUUGUGUUGUGGGUUGUUAAGGCUGAUUUAGAGCAACUAAUCUUUUAGUUUCGAGAGGAUAAUCGUUUUUAUUAGCGACCUGAUUUUAUUUGAAGAGUGUGAUUCAUGUGAGUUAGUUCCCCCAUCUCAUUAUGAGAUUAAGCUGCUGUAUUUGCCAGCUCAGUUUUUUUUAUAGAGUCGUUUUGGUCCAGUAAGAUGGUAUCUCGUUAAGUGUGAAUUAGAUUAAAUUCUUGGGUGGUCUGUAAACUCUUUAAGUGUGGGGUAGCGGAGGGGGGGCCUGAUCUGAAUGUUACCAAGUUGCAACAAACAUGUUAUUUAUAUUAAUCAUUGAAGGCCUUAUCAACUGUUAAAUCAUGUCAUUAGGUCAUGCCAUGACUCCCUGUGUUGUGUCAUUUGAUGCCAUGUCAUAUCCAUAUGCCAUCAUACCCAAGUUUUUAUUUUUAUAUCAAGAUUCACUAUAACUUAUCAGAGAUCUGGCUGAAAUAAAUGGCGCUGUGAAUUUAACAUGUUCAGUAAAAUUUAAAUUUCCUACCUCACAUACUGGAUGAAGAAAUAUAUUUAAACUUGAAAAGUCACAAACUUUUAAAAAAAGAAGUUAGUGUUAAUAUUUAUACUUUUAUAUAAUGAUUUUAUGAUAGUUAAAAUAAGAAAAUGCAAGAUAUUCAUCAAAGAAAUAAAACUACAAUCUGUAUAUUGGUGUAUAUUAAAGAAAGAAAUAGCUCUUUUACUUUUAAAUAUCUCCAUUAAAAAAUUAAUCAUUAUUUGGUCUAUCAGUUUAUAAAAUCUGGCUAUAUAUAUAAAUUAAAGCAUUAUAAGAAGACACUCUUUCAUUGAAUAUUUAAAUCUCGCCAGAUUUUUUUCAAUUGAUAGACCAAAUUUUCACUGAAGCCCAUGUUGAUCACAUGUUGACAGCUGACAGCAGCUGAUGUGUACUUAAAGUUGUUUAUCAUUGCCAAAGUACUUGCAGAUUUCAUCACCUAACUUUAUUUCAAAUCUUAUGCAAUAUAAUAACUUUUUCCUUGGUUAAUCAUUAACUAAAGGUUGUUAAAAUAUUUAUAUAUUUAGUUUGUGAAUCACGUGAAUUACUUUUUUUUUUUUAAUAUUGGCUUCUAAUAUUAUGUAUUGUAUGUAUUUACAUUAUUUGAACUGUUUUUAAUGUAGCAGAAUUUACUAGAUUUAUACUAGCGGUGUAAAAUGAACAAUUCCUGCAAAAGCAUAGCUUCUUAAUUAAUUCAUUUUCCAGAACAGUGAUAAAAAUAUAGGAGUAGUAAAUUGUAUUUGGUUUAAUCAGUCUCAUAAAUU